AUGGAAAGAAACGCUGCCGUUAGGUUCCUACUGCUUUUUUUGUACGUGGGAUUCGCAGUGUCGGUGGAGCAAAUGAUUGCGACAGUGGAUGGCAGUUCAUCUGUGUUUUCAGAUCAAGAUUCUCUGCAAAGAAAUGGUCGACGUUAUGAUGGCAGUGUCAAGCCAAAAUUUAAUGUAACUCAAGCAGCAGUUACACAGGUUGUCAGCUACAACUUGAGCAGGGAAGGACAGUGGGAAAGAGCAUCCUGGAGGCCAUUCACCCACAGCCACUACAACCCUCUCAACGUUACAGUUAAUGGCAUCCCCUGCAUUCUCUUCUGGGCCAAGAGGAUCAUGAUUAAGUUUGAAAACCACACGCAGCUGGAUUUGACAGAGAAGACAUUUGGUGUCCAUGCAACAGUGGAUGUUGGAGAUUCAAACUGCAGUGAAGACAGUGCAAUGCUUUCUCUGAGAUUUGGUGACAUUGGCAAUCUAAAGGGACUUGUUAUUAGAUUCUUACUAACAACCAGCUAUUACCAGCUGUCUGUUCAGAACUGGUUCAGUUUACACAGACUGCAGCUUCUUUACAACCACUCCAUACAAGCGACGUUUAAUGCAACCAGAAUAUAUGCACCGGCAAGUUACUCCUACCACUGUGAACAUGUGAGCAGCCUGCAGAGAUAUGAUGCACUCCUCAUACCCAGCUCUGCAAAUGAUCUUUCAAAGCUUUGGGAAGUCACUUUUAUUGAUUUCCAGAUUCAAGGUUUUAACAUUCAAGAAGGACAUUUUGCCUAUGCAAAAGACUGUGCAUCCUUUUUCUCUCCAGCAAUACUUAUGGGACUGGUUAUGUCGCUGAUUCUGCUGCUGGUUCUUGCCUAUGCUCUUCAUAUGUUGAUCCACCUGAAAUCUCUUGACAGGCACUAUGAAUGCAAAGCUUCUCCUGCCUAUUUUGCACAGAUGAAAGACAAUGACAUGGGGGAUGAGAAAGAGCCACUGAGAAGCGGUGGGAGUGAGUCCUAUGAACUUAGAAACCAACAGUUCUGUAAAAUCUAUAUUUAG